CUGUUAACUGGGUCACAUCAAACCUGCAGAUGGCUUCUCUCCAUGUGUUUGUUUGUCUUCUGGGACUGGUUGUCCUGUGCCACUCUAACUGCUUCUUCAAGGAGUUAGUGAUCAAAGAUUUGAAAAACCCUCCAAAAGGUUGUGUUGAUGAGGAUGGAAAGCAGCACGAUUUUGGCUCUGAAUGGGUGAGAGACUGCCUGGGAUGCUCCUGUACAAAAGAGGGCUUGAGCUGCUGUAACAUGGUCCCUGAUUCAGACGUGGUAGACAUUCCCAUGGAGUGUGAGAUGGUUGUAAAUAAGGAGGCCUGCUCUACCAAGCUGGUGCUGAAGUCGGACAAAACAAAAGAGUGUAGCCUUAUCUGAAAACAGUACAGAGUGACCUCUUACUUGUCAUGUUUUAAAUA